AUGGAUUCCGAUGACUACUAUAUGGAAUCUGGAGAGGAAGAUCUUUACAGCGACGGUGCAGAUGAUUACAACGACGGGGCCGAUCAUGAUGAUGAUACAGAUGACACGGGUUUCCUUGGGGAUGACGAUGUCGAUUCCUCAAUGAUCUCCUCGCCUCGCUCCCAUAUGAAUUAUGUCGUUCUUAAGGAAGAAGAUAUACGUAGACAACAAGAGAGUGAUAUUGCACAAGUUUCCAUGAUACUCUCCCUAAGCAAGGUCGAAGCUAGUGUUCUGCUUCUUCACUAUCACUGGAAUGUUGGUAAAGUUAAUGAUGAAUGGUUUGCGGAUGAGAGGAGAGUUCGGACAAGUGCUGGCUUGGAAGGAGGACCUGUUAUUGUUCCAUAUUCCGAAGGAGGAAAAGUUGCUUGUGGAAUAUGCUUUGACUACUUCUGUCGUAUAGAUAUUGUACCGAUUAUGUGUGGUCAUGCUUUCUGUUCUACAUGCUGGACAAGUUACAUCAGCAUAGCCAUCAACGAUGGCCCGGGAUGUUUGAUGCAAAAAUGUCCUGAGCCAUCUUGUCCAGUUGCUGUUGGUCGAGACAUGGUCGAGAAACUGGCUUCCUUUGAAGCCAAGGACAAGUAUGAUAGGUAUUUUCUUAGAUCUUAUGUGGAAGAAAACAAAAAGACCAAGUGGUGUCCUGCCCCAGGAUGUGAGCAUGCCAUUGAGUUUUCUGCCACCGGGACCGGAAGUAGUUACGAUGUUUCAUGCUUGUGUUCGCAUAGCUUCUGCUGGAAUUGCACCCAAGACGCUCACCGUCCUGUGGAUUGUGACAGGGUUUCGCAAUGGAUACGCAAGAACAGCGUUGAAGCUGAAAAUACCAAGUGGAUACUCGACAAUUCCAAGCCUUGUCCCAAGUGUAAGCGUCCAAUUGAAAAGAACCGUGGAUGCAUGCACAUGUCAUGCACACCACCUUGCAGACAUCAGUUUUGUUGGCUUUGCCUUGGCGCAUGGUCGGAACACGGGGAAGGCACUGGCGGGCCUUAUACAUGCAACCGGUAUUCGAAGGCUAAGGGACAAGGACUGCAUGAUGAGGCUGAAAUGAAGCGAGAGAUGGCAAAGCACUCGCUAGAGAAAUACACUCAUUAUUAUGAGCGCUGGGCAGGCAAUCAAACGUCGAGGCAAAAAGCUAUAGGGGAUCUAGAGAAGUUCCUAUCAGUGGAUGUUAUGAAGCUUAGUGACAAACAAUGCAUACCAGAAACUGAGCUCGGGUUCAUCACAGAUGCGUGGCUUCAGAUCAUUGAAUGCAGAAGGGUGCUGAAAUGGACAUAUGCAUACGGGUACUAUCUACUUGAAUCUGAACAGGAAAAGAGACAGUUUUUCGAGUAUAUGCAAGGAGAGGCUGAGUCUGGUCUGGAGAGGCUCCACAAAUGCGUAGAGUUGGAAUCAGAGGUGUUUCAAUAUCCUGAAGACACUCCAAAACAAGACUUCAAGGGUUUUCGGACAAAACUAACUACUUUGACCAGUGUAACCAAAACCCACUUUGAAACUCUGGUGAAAGCUCUGGAGAAUGAUCUUUCUGAUGUUGGAUUCGCAAGCGACGUAGAGGUAACUACUUUAGCUCUUUGA